AAUAACCCUUUGUUGGCAUUGGCAUGUGGCAAUAUGCUUCCUGAUACGUCACUCACUGUUGAGUUAUGAGUAUUUAUGUAUGUGGCUUCAUGCAGACACAGUCAAGUGCCGCCGCUGAUGGGCUGCCUCUCAGCCGUUAUGCCGCCUGCAGUUCUGCCAGCUGGACUUCACUCUCAGUUGCUGCUGUUCAACCUGAAACACAAAUGAAGCUACGAAAAAGUGCUUUUUACUGUACUUUUUUGAGCGCAGGAGAAGCAGGUGAUAAAACCAAGCUAUAAAUUGGGUACUGCUGUCGUCACAUCAAAAGUUGAUAUAGUUUUGAAGUGAGAAAUCAGGCGUGAAAGUCUCUCCUCAACCGCGGUAUGACCUCCCCAGCUCACAGUACAGCCACCGAGGCUUCAUGGACUGCUGGAGCCGCAGACCUGCAGAUGACCGAGGCUCUGCACCUGCGGAAUGACGGCGUGCGCUUCCCCUCCUCGGUGCCCGUGGAUCCGGCGGUGAUCACGCAGCACCCGCCGUCUCACCUCCAUCCCCGCAUGUCCGUGUACAGCGCCACACGCCCCACACUCUCCAGGUCCUUCCUUCAAGGACGUGUUUAUAAUUUCUUGGAGAGACCCACGGGUUGGAAAUGCUUUGUGUAUCAUUUUACAGUAUUCCUCAUUGUGCUUUCCUGCCUGAUCCUCAGUGUGCUGUCCACCAUCGACGAGUAUCAAGCACUGGCUAAUAAAACACUAUUCUGGAUGGAAUUAGUGCUGGUAAUGUUCUUUGGUGUGGAGUACGUGGUCCGUCUGUGGUCAGCUGGAUGCCGGAGUAAAUAUGUGGGAAUUCUGGGCAGGCUUCGCUUUGCCCGAAAGCCAAUUUCUGUUAUUGACCUGAUUGUGGUGGUGGCUUCUAUUAUAGUAUUGGCAUUUGGCUCUAAUGGCCAGGUAUUUGCUACCUCUGCUGUCAGAGGAGUCCGCUUCCUUCAAAUUCUGCGAAUGCUGCAUGUGGAUCGACAAGGUGGAACAUGGCGGUUGCUUGGAUCAGUAGUGUUUAUACAUCGACAGGAACUGAUCACAACUCUCUAUAUCGGAUUCCUGGGGCUCAUCUUCUCCUCCUACUUUGUGUAUCUGGCAGAGAAGGAUGCGGUGGAUGACCACGGCAACUCUGGGUUUGGCAGCUACGCCGAUGCUCUGUGGUGGGGUGUGGUAACAGUAACCACUAUUGGCUACGGAGACAAGGUUCCUCAGACUUGGAUAGGAAAGACUAUUGCAUCAUGUUUCUCUGUCUUCGCUAUCUCCUUUUUUGCCCUCCCUGCAGGAAUCCUGGGCUCCGGUUUUGCUCUGAAGGUACAGCAGAAACAGAGACAAAAACAUUUCAACAGGCAAAUUCCUGCAGCUGCGAGUCUCAUACAGGCGUCCUGGAGGUGUUUCGCCUUGCUGAACCCUGAUUCUGCCACAUACAAGUUAUUUGUGAAACGAAAUCUCAGCAGUUCAGGGUCUAGCCCUAAAUUAAAGGUGAAGAUGAGGAGGAAAAUGAAGAUUAGUGACCGGAAUAACGGGCAGAAUUCUCCUGCAGUACCUUCCAUAACCUAUGACUCCUUUGAUGAUGGGAGGGACAGCAGGCAAGAGACACUGACCAGUCUUCAACAGUCAGAACGAGCGCCGUCCUGGAACUCUCUGUCCUCGUUCCAGUUCUCCACACCUCCAGCCACGAAGCCUGGGGUUUUCGAGGUCUCAUCUCGGCCCACGCUUCAGAGGAGCAGCAGCAUUGCAGAUGAUAUGGAGACUGAGCCGGAGCGAGAGAUUGUGCUCAUUCCAGUCGCUCAUGUGUCUCAGUUGCGGGAUUCUCAUCGAGCAGCCAUCCGUGUGAUCCAGAGAAUGUACUACUUUGUGGCCAGAAAGAAGUUUCAGCAAGCACGUAAGCCAUAUGAUGUGCGUGACGUCAUUGAGCAGUAUUCACAGGGCCAUCUCAACCUCAUGGUGCGCAUCAAGGAGCUGCAAAGAAGACUGGAUCACUCUUUAGGGAAGCAGUCCCUUUUCCAGACAAGUUCAGAGCGCUUGAAAGACAAAGGCACAAACACUAUUGGCUCCAGACUCAACAGAAUGGAUGAGAAGAUCACACACAUGGACAGGACCCUCAACAGCAUUGCUGAGUCGCUCAACCUCAUGCUGGCGAGGGAGAGACGGGGGGAUCUGGCCAGGGGGAAGGAGCAGCGAAGCACCAUGCGCCGACAGUCAGCCACGUUCAGCCUGUCAGUGCUGGACAGCAGCGAGCAACUGUCCACAACAACUGCUAUUCAUGAGGACAGCUGAGUCACCAACGGAGCUCUUGCUCACAAAGUGCCUACUGGGGCCUUUUCGGCUUGAUUUAGUAGAGAAGUUUGGCUCAGGUUCAGCAUCAGAUGACUUUUUAAAUAUAUGACUCAAGUCUGUUCAUCUUUAUAUUUGGUCAGACUGCUGAAUUCAUUUUUAAGUACAUUUAUAAAUAUUAGCAUACCAGGUAUGACUUUUUUAAUUUUUAUUAAAUUUAUGGUUUUCUUUUGAUUCUCUGGUGCUGUUUGUGUGGCAGGCAUAAAAGUGACUUUUUUAUAAUAAAUAAAUAUACUGUAUUUUAGUCCAAUAUUUAUUUUUUAUUCAAUAUGUUGUGCUAAACUAUGCAUUAGUUACAAUCCAUUUUAUUACAUGUAAAAGACUUAUUGUGCAUAGAUCUGAAAUACUGCUGUAAAUUCUGAGUGAUCUGGAUGGCAAAAUAAAAAAAAAUUAUUGGCAAAUUAUUUUAAAAGUUCACAAAAAAGUGGAAAUUUAAAAAAAAAAACUGUUUGUUUAUAUAAUAAAUUAAUUAACAUUUUUACAUUUUAUGUUAAUAUAUUUUAUUUUACUCUGAAGCUGAAAAUCAAAGCCAUGACAAUCAAAGUCAAAAAUAAAAACUACAAAUCUAAACAAGUUUUAUAUGUAAUUUGAGGUUGAUAUCUCAUAUGGAAAGAGGAAUAGUUUGGGCGUAGCACAUUUUUGCUCGAUGAAUUACUUUUUAAUUACUUAUUAAAAUGCAUUUUAAUAAGUAAUUAAAAAUUUAUUACUUUUACAUUAAUUUCCAUUGACCACAAACAUCACAACAAAACCAUGUCUACGUUUAUUUUGCUUCUGACAAUGUAAUAAUUAAAAAUAUAUAUUUAUAUUUACAUUUUACUUUUUAAAAAAAAUGACAAAACACAAACAGCAAACGAGGGUUAAAAUGAAAUACUCCCAAAAUGUGACUUGUGUUUAUGAUUUAAGGAUGCUAACUGAGGCUAAACCAGUGAGCCUGUUUUAUUGGAUAUUGGUUCCAUGAAGAAAAAUUCUAAAGAACAUUUGAGUAAUCUAAAGAUCUUUUUCCAUUAUGAAUUGUUCAUUGGAAUAUUAAAGAUCCAUAUACGCAACCAUAAAUACUAAAGGACCUGUAUUUUUAGGACUGAGAUCUGAACAUUGUGACAUUGUUUUGAAGUGUUAUGAAUGGACAGAUGUUUUUAAAUGAUUACUAUUGACAGAAACAAAAUUCUGCUUUUUAUGAAUCACUAAACCUUUUCAAGUCACAGAUUUGUGAACCGUUUAAAUUCAGCUCAUUCACUUAGCCCCCUCCAUUCUUUGAUAUAAAGGUUUUAUUGAUGUUUUUGUAAAAUAAACGGUGUAUUCCACAAACAGCGCUACUAAUUCAAUUUCUUCUGUAAAAACUGCCUCAAUCCUAAAUAAACAUCUUGCUUCUUC